AGGAAAAGCGGUUUCCAUAGAAAGAGGCGUCUCUGCGUUCUGCCGAAAUUUUCGGCUUCCAUCGUUAUAUAGAUUUUGAGGGUUUGCUCUUUUAUGAUAUCUACGUCGGCCUUCAAACCCUAGUUCUCUCACCGCCUGAUCGUGGUUUUCCCUUCUGUGAGUGCUCAGAGGUCGACUUCUUGGUUUUUGGAAGACGCCAAUUUGCUUAGAUAUGUCGAGGGAUGGUCUAAUUAAGAGCCGAAGCUCUAGUGUGAGAGGCAGAGGUCAAAUCCAAGCCAUGGGUCAAAGAGGACAAGUUGGCAGGUUUUUUGGAAGCAGGGCUGCAAUGCUUAAUAAAGGGCCUCUUAGAGUUACAAAUCGUCCAUCUUCAUAUAAGAUUGCCAAGUCUUUUAGCAGAAAGAAGGAUAUAUUAUGGACAGAUGCCCUAUUUGAACAUGGCAUGGCUGCUACUGGGAUCACCGGUGCUGAAAGUGGAACAAAAUUGUACAUAUCAAACUUGGAUUAUGGUGUUUCCAAUGGAGAUAUAAAGGAACUUUUUUCUGAGGUUGGUGAUCUAAAGAGGUGUACAGUUCAUUAUGAUAGAAAUGGCCAUUCGAGUGUGAGUAAUCUUUUCCCUAUAUCUGAGAUGCAGAUUAUUGUGUUGCUUAAUUGCGUUGUUUAACUAUUAAUGCAAUUU